AUGACAGAAGACUCGGAAUCGGUGGUCAAAGAAGACAAGGAGGACGUGAAGACCAGUUCCACAACGAGUCGAGUGAAGAGCAGUUCUGCCACCAAGUCGUCCACCAAUUCGAUUCAAUACUCGGAAUCGGUGGUCAAAGAAGACAAGGAGGACGUGAAGACCAGUUCCACAACGAGUCGAGUGAAGAGCAGUUCUGCCACCAAGUCGUCCACCAAUUCGACAUCGAUUGUGAAGAAAGACAAGACUCGAGAGGCACCGCAGACAAGAGUGGUGAUCCGACAUUUGCCGCCGACGAUGACUUCGGACGAGUUCUUGGACGCCAUAUCUCCUGUUCCCGAACACAACGACUACUACUUCUGUAAGAGUGACCAGAGUUUGGGUGUCUAUGGGUUCUGUCGAUCGUAUAUAAACUUCAUUCACAUGGAAGACGUGUUUAUCUUCAAAGACAAGUUCGACGGCUAUGUCUUCAUCGACAUCAAAGGCAAUGAGUUUCCGGCGAUCGUUGAGUUCGCUCCCUAUCAGCGAAACAUUCGGCGCCGGUUUGGGGCCAACGGACAGACCAUUGCUAACAAACGACGAGACAAUAAGUCGGGAACCAUUGAACAGGACUCGGAUUACUUGGAGUUUCUCGAAGAGUUGACUCAAAUGAAGAACGAGUCGAAUAUGCCAUCGGCUGAGGUAUACCUCGAGGAGAUUGAGGCCAGAGAUAAGCAGUUGAGAGCCAAUCACGGAGUCCUCAAAAUGAGUACUCCUUUACUGGAGUUCUUGAAGAAUAAGAAAAUAGAGAAAAACCGUUUGCGAGAAGAGAGACGAGAAGAGCGAAGAAUCAAACAAUUGGAACAAAAGAGACUUAAAGAAGAGGAACAGCAGAAGAAAACAAAACUAUUGCGAAAAGACGACAAUAAGAGACGAGAUUUUAGUGACGAAAAUCGAGAGAAAUCUGUGAAAAAAGAAGACGAAAGGAUGAGAAUUAAAACCAGAGAUUCGGAUAAAAGUAGAAAUGAAUCGAAAGGCAGUGAAUAUGUGAAGAGGUCUGAGAAACCCGCGCCUAAAGGACGGCAUCGGAACAGAUCCGACAAAUUUAAAGACAAUAAAGAUGGUAACACUUCCAAAGAUAACGACUCGACGUUUGUUGUCAAAGUGGUCAACAAUUCAAACGCCGAGAAGAAACACGAAUCAAAUGCCAGUCAAAGUAGUGACGCAAAGAUGUCGGACACGAAUACAGACAACAGAACACAAGAGACAAAACCUCCGGAAGAAUCGCACGAAGAAAGCAAACCCAAAGAAUCCAAAAGUCAAAGACCCGAGAGUUCGUCCAAUAAGAGCGAGGGUUCAAAAGGAAGUGAUUCGAGGCGUAUCCGUAAUAAAGACCGGCCUUCCCGUGAGAUAUACAAACCCGGAUCAACCAAACGACCGGCUGGUGAGGACUCACAAAGCCAGUCAAACAGCGAAUCGCAUACAAGCGGUCGAAAUAAGAGCAGUUCCAACACAAACACAGGAUAUAAACCUCGAGUAUAUACGCGUUCAAAACCAUAAUUAAAAUAAUUAAUUUAUUGCACAAAAUUUUUUGACAUUUUCCAAUAGAAAUGCUUUAUUAUAUUA